AUCUCAAGCAUCAUAACUGAUACCAUGUCUCAAUUAAGUCGUAUUGUGUUGAUCAUUGCUAUGUAUGUAGUAAUGUGCGUUCUUGCAGAAGAAGAGCGCUAUUCUGAUCAAUAUGAUCACGUUGAUAUACAAGCUAUUAUUCAAAAUAAGGAGUUACGAAAAGAAUAUUAUAAUUGCUUUAUGGAAAUAGCACCGUGCAAGUCACCAGAACAACAGAAUUUAACAGACAUGUUCAGCGAAGCUUUCCAAACUAAAUGCAGAAAAUGUACUAAAAAACAAAUAGAAAAUUUGGACAUGGUAACCAACUGGUUUGUAACGAAUGAACCCGAGACAUGGAAAUUAAUAGUUGCGAAAACUGUAGAGAAAAUGAAGAAAAAAGCUGCUAGCAACACAGAUGGAUAAUAAAUCUGCCAAUACAUACUAUAUUCAAAUUUGUCUAAUUAAUUAAAAUAUAAUAUAAUAACAUGUAGUAUACACACACAACAUACACACACACAAUCUGAUAAUUUAAAUAAUAUUCUGCGAAAGAUAUCAUCUAAUUAAAGAACCAUUGUGGGAUUAAAGAACCAUUUUGUAUAAAUUAUUUUAACUAACAUGCACAGUAUGCGCACACA